AUGGCGACGAUUCGGCAACGCAUUGACACUACACACAGAGAUGCCAUUGUGAGUUUUUUUGUUAUAUAUAUAUAUCUAAUAGUUAAUAAUAUGGAUAGGAUAAAUAUAAAAAGUUAAAGAAAAAAAAAAUAAGUUUUUUUCGGGAAAAUUCCCUGUUUUUUCAUCGCUUUUAUAUAUACCUUUUCAUCAUUUUUUUUCGGAAAAUGAUGUAAUAUUUUUUUAAAAGUAUCUAAGAGUUUGAAAGAACUUUUUUUGGAAUUUAUUUCAUUGAAAAAAAUGGAAAAAGUGAUACUUUUCGUACUGUUUUGAAGUCUUGAAAAGCAUAUCAAAAAGAAAAAUGAAAUGGUUUUUUUUUCAACAAGGUCCUCGAAAAAUAAAUAUUUGAAACAGAGUAUGAAGGCUUUAUAAGCUUGGAAAGCGUUUCUAAAUAUUCUGAGGGACCAAGAAUCGGGAAAUAAAUGUAUUUACAGUUCAUAUAAAUCAAUUUACAGUAGAGAAAAAGGUCAAAAAGAUCAUUUUUUUUUAAGGAAAAACGGCUUUUAAUAGACUUUCUAGCUUUUUUUCAAAUGACCUUCUUGAAAAUGAAAAAAAUUGAAAAAAAGCCAGAAUAAGUUCGUUUUUUUCGAAAAAAAGGCGCUUUAUGGUCUUACGAGCUUUGCCAAUCAGUUUUAUUCCAUAUAUAAAAAAAUUUUUUUUUGCCACGGUAAAAUUUCUUUGAAUUUUAAAAAAAUGUUUAAAAAAAUGAUAAAAUUCGAAAGAAGCCUUUUCAAAGUCCAUAUAAGUUUCUAGACAGUUUAGAUAAGGUGAAAUUUUUUUUUACAUGACAAAGAUUGUCUUGGAGAUGAAGCAAAAAAAUGAAGUUUUUCUUUUUUUUUUUUUAAUUCGGUAUUACGAUAUCAUGAGCUGAUUUUAAAAGAAAGUCGUUUUUUUUUUCUGUAAAAAGGUUCCUUUUUAUGCUUUUAUGGACUUUUUCCAUCGAUUUCUAGAGGUAAAUUGGUUCAAAGUCUGGGAAAAAAGUUUGAAUUUCCGCCAAAAGCGCGUUUUGCAGUAAUGUUGCUCUAUAGACAAACCAAAUAUUUCAUCCAAUGAGAGGAAUUUAAAUAUUUUCCCAGCACGACGCCCAACUGAAUCUCUACGGGAGCCGCUUGGCGACUUGCGGAUCGGACCGACUCGUCAAAAUCUUCGAAGUCCGACCGAACGGCCAAUCUUUCCCGAUUGCCGAGUUAGCCGGCCAUUCGGGUCCCGUGUGGAAAGUUUCCUGGGCUCAUCCGAAGUUCGGUGGUCUCCUGGCCUCGGCUGCUUAUGAUAAGUAUGGAAAUAUUAGUUGAUUUCCAGAUUUUAAUGUUUUUUUGUUGAAGGAAAGUGAUAAUUUGGCAAGAGACGAGCGGCCGCUGGCACAAGUCCCAUGAAUGGGCAGCCCAUGAGGUCGGUAUUUUGAUUUUUGAAUGAUUCUUAUGUUUCAGAGAGCUUUUUUGACAAUCAAUCAAGUUUUAACAAAGUUUAUGGGAAGUUUAUGAGUGUAUUACUGUUUCUAACAUUGAAAAAUCAACUGCUGGUUGGAAAAUUGAAAAAUUUUCAGUAUUAAAAAGAUAAUUUCUUGAAAAAAGAAUCUUUUUUUCGACUAUAACUUCGUGUUCCUAACAGUAAAACUUUAAAUUUUGUGUCUUCUGUAUUUUUUUGGUUAGGUUUCAAUUUAUAAUUAGUUACUGUUUUUUUAAAGAGCAUCGGUUACGAAAAAAACUAAGUUUUGAGACAAAUUUAAGGGAAGUUUUAUGGGUUUUUUUACAUCAAAAAAAGUCAUCUGCAGUUUGAAAAAAAUUGAUAAUUUUUAGUAUUAAUAAUGAGUUUCUUGCUAAUUUUUCCUCGUCCUCAACUAAAUUUUGCUAUUUUCCAAGAAUUCGAGCAAAGGUCGAAAAAGGCUCUAUAGAAAUGUUCCUUUUUUGCUGUUUUUUUGCGCCAUUUUAUCGGCUGUUUAGCAUCAUUUUUGCUGCCUCUCCCUUUUCCACUUUUUCUUGAGCCUUUAAAAUCACAGAAAAAAUGAAAGGUUCGAUAAAGAAAUCCUUUUUGCUACCUUUCUGCGACCUUUUUUUGCCUCUCCCUUUUAAUGGCCCUUAUCCACCAUUCCGACUUUGAAGCUCCCAAAUCUUUAAGCAGACCAAAAUUGCAGCUCCCAAGUUUUUGAGCAGACCAAAACUGCAGCUCCCGAGUUUUUGAGCAGACCAAAAUUGCAGCUCCCAAAUCUUUAAGCAGACCAAAAUUGCAGCUCCCAAAUUUUUAAGCAGACCAAAAUUGCAGCUCCCAAAUUUUUAAGCAGACCAACUUGCAGCUCCCAAAUUUUUAAGCAGACCAAAAUUGCAGCUCCCAAAUUUUUAAGCAGACCAACUUGCAGCUCCCAAAUUUUUAAGCAGACCAAAAUUGCAGCUCCCAAAUUUUUAAGUAGACCAAAAUUGCAGCUCCUAAUUUUAUAAGCAGACCAAAAUUGCAGCUCCCAAAUUUUUAAGCAGACCAAAAUUGCAGCUCCCAAAUUUUCUAGCAGACCAAAAUUCAUCUUUCAAAAAGUUUAGAAGACUAAAUUGUACCCCCCAGAAGCUAAGCAGACCAAAAUCCAGCUACCGAAAUAUUUUGCGGAUUUCUGCGUUACAAAUUGGAACUUAUUCUUUUUUUUCCAUUUUUCAAAAUAAAACCGUAUUCUUCAGGCAAGCGCGACUUCCGUAGCCUUUGCCCCUUCCCAAUACGGCCUUAUCCUCGCUUCUUCGGCAGUUGAUGGCGAAAUAGGCCUUCUGGUUUACGACGCCGCCACGUCCCAGUGGACGUCUUCUAAGAUUUCCAAGGCUCAUGACCAGGUUUUCCCGGAAUAAUGAAGAUUUUUGAAAGAAAUGAUGAUUUAGGGCGUGAAUUCGGUGAGUUGGGCGCCGGCUUUGGUCGCCGCCGGCGGGGAAGAAACUCCCAAAAGGCUGGCUUCUGCGGGAAACGACAAAAAUGUCAAGAUUUGGGUGUGAGUUUUUUAAAAAUUAUGAUAGAAAAUUUUUUGCUUUUAAAUGGAAAAUUAGGGUGUGAUUUUUCAAAUUUCAUAGAACAAUGUUUUUUUCUUGUUACUUUAUGGUUUUCUUUGCUUUGGAAAAAUAGGAAAAAAAUAAAUCAGGGCUAAUUUGAGCUUAUUAUAAUAAUAUUCUAGCGACAAAAUGGAAUAAUUAUUGAUUUAUUUUGUUUCAAAUAGUACGAUUAUGUUGCCAAAAAAAGGGUUCUAUCAAGCUUCUCUUAUACAAAUUCAGAAAAAAACCUUUUUUUCAGUUUUUUUACUUGUAGUUUAAGGGCGCCUGACUUGAAAAAAAGGUAUUGAGAGAAAUAUUUUUUUCUGGAUCAGAAAUUUCAAGUCUUUGGGUUCAGCCAAAUUUCAUCAAAAAAUCAAGGCCGAAAAAAAUAUUUCCAUCUAUUUUUGAAGAGAAGGCGGAGAUUUCAUUGCAAGCUUCUCCCGUUCAAAUUCAUCAAAAAUUUUAGAACUUUCUUUCUAUUUUUUGUAUAGUAAGGCGCAUAACCAUACAUCGGCUGGAUCCCACCCCAGCCUUCUGCGCGAGAAAAAAAAUGUUUUAGCCCUGGCUAGCUUGGGACACUAAACAAUAGGGUCUCCUUCAGCCAGGCAAUCUCUCUUUUUUUUUUUUCACCGCCUCGGGACCUAAUUUUCGAUGACUUAUUUUAAACCAUUUUUUCCUGUCUUAGAACUAGUAGCUCAUAAGGUCUGCAGCAAAGUUUAUUCAAGAGCAUUCUUUUCAAAAUUGGUUUUUGAAGAGAGGGCGAGAACGGCGAAUGGCACUGCGAGAAGACCCUCCACGGCCACACGGACUUCGUGCGGGACGUCGCCUGGUGCCCUGUAGUCAAUCAUACCACGUAUACGCUUGUCAGCUGUGGAUUGGUGGGUUUCCGUAGUUGAAAUUUUGAAAAUAAACUUGUUUAGUUUCAUAGAAAGGUUUUCGAAUCAAUAAAAAGCUUGUUGGCUGUUGGUGGAUUUCUGUGGUUAUAUACCUGCUAUAAAUUUGAAAAAUCUAGCUGGAAAAAAAUACUUUUUUUCAAAAAAAUUAGUUGUGGAUGCUUUAAAAAGCCAAAAAUUUAGCUUGAGAGGUUCUGAAAAAAAUCUGAAAAUGAAAGUUAAAACACAACAAAUAUAGCUUGUAAUAACUUUAGAAUUCGAAAUUAAACAGUUCUUGAUUUUUAGGAGAAGCUUUAGAUUCAUUUCUUGUAAUCAUUGUCUUGUUUUGAACUCAAAAAUCAAGCUCGAAAGGUGCUGAAAGGCCCGUUGAAAGAGCUACAUUGAGAAAUUCGAGAAAAUGAGACGAAUCAGGUCGAAGAAGUCACUUAAGAACACUUACUAGCCCUUAAAACCCUUGAACUCUAUGAAAUUUGACGUUUUCAGGACGGAAAUUUGGUCCUCUACCGCACCAAGAACAUUACGUCAGGUGAAUGGACCGUGAAAUUGCUUGAAAAGGUUAUUUUUCAUUCAGUUCUAAAGAUGAAAUUUAAAUUUUAAAAUUUUUCAGUCAAAUGGAGCCCUGUUCCACGUGUCCUGGUCACCGUGUGGCGGAUUUUUUUGUCGGUUUCUGGCGAUGAUAAUACGGUGAAUAUUUUGUUUUUCUUGUUAAAACUUGUAAAGAGUGUCUAUAUAGAUAUAUGAGAAGGAGAAAUUUACCUUGAACUUUCAAAAAAAAAAGAAGAAAAAAGACGAAAGUGUUCGAAUUACAGUAUUAGAAUCGAUAGAAAGUUCUAUCUCUACUGAAAAAUAGGAAUGUCCAUGUUUUUUUUUUAGAAUAUCUCAAUUUUAUCGUAAUUUUUAAACAUCAUAACUUCUAAAUUUUUGUCCACGGAUUUUUUAAUUUUUCAGCUUGAAACGUUUAAUUCAAGACAGUAAGAAGCUUUUUUUUUGUUAAAAAUCAAAAUUUAUACUGAAAGAUCAUCUGUUCUGGGUGUUUCAUAGUGACAUUCUUACUCUUUUAAAACUUUUGAAGUCUUGUUUUUUUUCUUCAAAUUUUUGAUAUAACUUGAAAAAUUUGAAGUUGACUGUGAUUUUCUUGGCUUUUUGUUGAGGAAAAAGGCCUUGUUUUUUUGGAGAAUUUUAUGAUUUUUUUACUACUCAGUUUCAUCUGAAAAAUUAUUUUUACUUAUUUAGAAGUAGUUUUUGUGGUGUUUAUAAAAGCAUGAAAAAAUUUUAAAACAAUAUUUUUUUAAUGAGCACCUUCUGUACCUUUAAAAGUCUUAGAAGUUCGAUUUUUUUAAAUCUUUUUUUCUUUUUAUUCCUCAAUAAAUGAAUCUCGUACUGGUCAGAUAUUUUUUUCUUUUUCUCUAAAUUUUCGAUAUAAAUUGAAAUUCAAAUUUCCUGACGGGUUUUUUUCGGCUUUUUUUGUUAGAGAAAAAUACCUGGUUUUUUUGAUGAAUUUUAGGAUUCUUGUUUUUUUAAAUUUGAUCUGAAACUCUCACUAUCUGUUUAAAAUAUUUCUCUGGUUUUUAUAAAAGUAGAGAAAGAUUCAAUGAAGGUCUUGAGUUCCCAGUUUCAUUCCUUGACCCUUAGAAAACCCCUUGAACUUUUUUUUAAACAGAGUUUUUCCAUUUUCUUGAAUAAAUCGAUAAUUUUAUCUCUCAGAUAUUUUCUUUCAAUCAAUAAUUCGAUCUUUCCAGAUUUCGAUCUGGCGGGAAAAAUUUCCAAGGUCAAUGGACCAAGGUGGACCGGGACAACAAGGAAAAAGGACGGUUCUUUGCCCCCCAAAUCAACGAUAAUUUUUUUAAUAAUUUUAACCUAUUUUUCCUUCAUUUCUCUUGUAUCGAAAUAUUCUCCCAAUCUCCAUAAUUCCAAUUCUUCUAAUUUUCCCCCGAAAAUUGCUGUUUUUCGUCUCAUUCUCAUAUUUAUUCCUGUUUGCCGGUAUUUUUAUCGAUUUGUUUUUUCGUUUGAAAAAUGUGAUUCUGAACUUUAUUUUUGUGUAUUCUCCUUGGAGAAAAAUAAAAGGUGGACAAAUUUUUGGUUUUUCAAGGGAUUUGGGAUUAGUUUUGGGGAUUAUACUGCAUAUUGAUUUUGAGAGAUAAGCUGAAGGCUAGAAAUUUUUUUUUUUUACUCUGACUUCUGGAAAUUUUUCAUUUUUUUGAACAUAGACAGACCCUUUACGGGCCCUUUGAGCGUCUUUCUAUCUGUCUUUUUCCACCUUUUUGGACCCUUUUGAGAAACAAAAUAUUUUUUUAAAUUGAGAAGUAGUGAAUGUGUAUGAACCAAAAUGUGCUACAGUAAUACAAAAAUCAUCAAUGGCCGAGACUUUUGGCACCCUUUUUGCACCCUUUUUUCACCCUUUUGCACCCUUUUUGCACCCUUUUUGAGCCUUUUUUUCACUCUUUUUUAAUUUUUUUUAAAGCUUUUUUCACCCAUUUUUCCCCCCUUCUAAGGCUUUUCAGCCCACCAAGAAAGAAAGGCUCCAUAAAGGUCGCAAAACGGAACCCAUUUAGCGGCCAUUUUGCACCCAUUUUCCGCAAUUCCGACUUUCGCAGUGUAAAAAAGAGCUCAAAAUCCAACUGACUGGGAAAAUUUCUAGUGGCCCCUAUAGAGGCUCGCCAAGGGCUAUUUGGAGAGGACAGUAAAGUGGCCACUUCAGUAGUUUUUCAUCCAGCGUUUCUUCCAGUAACUCUGAUAAUUUCAAAAGAAACCGAUUGGACCAGUUAUGUUGAUCCAUUGGCCCCUAAAGGGGCCACUAAGUGGUCUAUCAGAAGCACUUAGACCUCUAAAGUGGUCAUUAAUUUUUAAUCCCUCAAGUGGCCACUAAUUUGACUACUAUAGUGGCCACUAAAACGUCAAAACCCUAUAGUGGCCGCUAAAAAUUUUCCCUGGAUGUCUCAAAAAUCAAGCCUAUUUUCCUCAUUUUACCAUAAAUUAACGACAACACACUCCCUUAUCACAUUGUUUUUCGAAUCGAACCAAAAAAAAAGAUCUUAUCAAUGGUUGAGAAAUGUUUAAAUUCACACUACGGCCCGAGUUUUCACCCCCUUUUUUUUGUCAAUAGCUUUUUUUUCAAUAGGUUUCGUCACACAACGUUUAUUUUACCCGGGUUUUUUGUUGAGUCAUUUUACAAACUUUUCAUUUUGCCGCCUUUAUAAAUAGAUAGCUGGACGGUUUCUCGGCGGGUUCUUCUUCUUUUUUGAGGAUUUUAAGGUUUUUUUUUGGUUUUUUAAAGAAGGAUAAGUCAUAAAUUCUAAUUUUUCUUAUUAAAAAAAGGGUGAUAAAUCAAUCAAUAAUCCAAUUUUUUUCUCGUUUUUUUAGAGCUAUUAAAAAAACCCAUUUUCUAAGACUUAUGGAAAAAAAUUUUUGCUUUAAUGGAAAUUUCAGAUUGAAUAGAAUUUCGAAAUAUCCUAAUUUUGUAGAUUUUUUUCGAAAAAAAAAUUCAGAAAACUGCGAAAAAUUCUAGUGGCGACUUAAGAGGUCUUUCAAGGACUACUAGAAGGACACUAAAGUGGCCACUUUUUUCCGUCUUAGUGACCACUUUAGUGAUUUUUUAGUGGUCUAGUAGUACCCCUUGGACUCCUAAAGGGCCACUGAAUUUUAGUCUCUUAAGAGGCCAUUAUUUCGACUACUAUAGUGGCCUCUGAAACAUCAAAACCCUAAAGAGGCCACUUAGUCACUUAAGAGGCCACUUUUUAACUACUAUAAUGGCCACUAAAACGGUCAAAGUCCUAAAGAGGCCCCUAAACUUUUUCUAAAAGGCUUUAUUUUCAUUCGUUUUAAAAUUCACGUCGUUUUUCUGAGUAAAAAGUACAAGAAAUCCGAAAAAUAGCUUUUCAAAAUUAUUUAAAUCAAGGAAAAGCGAGAAAAUAUUACUUUGAUACAUGUUUACACCUGAAAAAAACUUAUUUUCCUGAACUUUUGGUACAAAAAAAAAAUCAGAAAUCGCCACAAAAUUCAUGAAAUUUUCAUUCUCCCUCGGCUUUUUGUUGUUUUAUCAAUCUAUCAAAUCAAAAUUGAUCACUGAUACGAUGAUUCAUAGCUUUUCGAAAUUUUCCCAACCGUAUAUAAAGGCCAAGGGAAACCAAGAAUGUCAACAUUCGUCACAAAUUUUUUUAUUUUCCAAAUAUUCCUUCCAUUCGUUCCGUUUUCUCAACUUUCUUAUAUUUCUCUUGACUUUUUGUCUUUUUGAUAAUUUUUUCCUUUUUGGUGAAAAAAUGCGAUGAAUUUAAGCCUUCAUAAGCCCCUCAAUGCUCCUCUCAAUCUGAUAGCGAUUAUUCUUUUUGAAUCAGAAAAAUUUUUUUCUGGAAAGAUUCAAUUUUUUUCAAACUUAGAAUGAAUAAAUAUUUUUUUGAAACGGUAAAAAAACUAUCUUGAUUAAUUUUUUUGUAGACCAUUUGGAGAAUGAAUAAAUUUUAAUUUCACUUUCAAAAAAAUUUUAAUCGGAUUUUUUUCGGAACUUUAUCAAUAUUCGAGCACCAAAUUUCAUGAAUUAUCACUUAAAGGCCCUCUUUUUUAUAACACUUUCUGAGAAUCUUGCUUUCAAAGCCAUUCCAAGGCGGCACGGCUCCAAAAUUUCUUUUUAUCAUUUUUGAACAAAGAAACGUACCAAAGCCAUUCGAAGGCGUCUGCGGUCGCGUCGCGGCUCAAAUUUUAUUUUUCGAAACUUUUUCUGAUAAAAAGGAACUGCGAAUUAAACUCACCAAAGCCAUUCCAAGGCGUCUGCGGUCGCGUCGCGGCUCAAAUUUCAUUUUUCCUAGGAAGCUUUGAAGAGAUCCCUAUAGGGCCCCAUGAGACAACCCUAAAGGGACACCUCUGCUCGCCCUAUAGGGACCCCUAGAACAACUAAAUCCUAAAGAACACACUUUUUAUCGUUUCGGUUGAACGCGGACCUGCGAAUCAAACUCACCAAAGACAUUCCAAGACGUCGCGUCGCGACUCUUUUCAACCGCGACGCGACGCGCCUGUGAAUCUUAUCAAGCUAUUCCAAGGCGUGUACGGUCGCGUCGCGGCUCAUUUUUUUUUAUCGUUUUGAUAAAACUAGGACCUGCGAGUCAAACUCACCAUAACCAUUCCAAGGCGUCGCGUCGCGGCUCUUUCAAACCGCGACGCGCCUGCGAAUCUAAGGUUUCCUCAAGCCAUUCCAAGGCGUUCACGGUCGCGUCGCGGCUCAAUUUUCGCAUUUUUCUUUUGGUCAAUCUGGGAUUUCUGAAUCAUAAUUACAUGAGCAAUUCCAACCCUGCGAAUCUUAUUUCUCACCAUAUCAUUUCAAUCAAUACUAUAAUGUUUUUCCAUCAAAAGAAAAUGAAGGAAAAACACAGAAAAGCAAAAAAAGACUGAAGAGAGCAAAUAUUGUCCGUUUUCUGCCGUUCCCUUCCCCAGGCCGUCGUGUUUUAUUUGCAUUUCCCUUCCGUGGCUUUUCUCCCUUUCAUUUUUUAGUUUUUUCGCGAUUUACACGUGUACUUUUUCAGUUCAAAAGUCGUAUUUAGCAUCAAAAUUUUCCAGGUUCUCAGAAAAAAAUGGCGUUGACCUGCUCGGACAUCCCCAAGUUCAUCUGCGCCCUCCUGUUGCCGGUCAGUUUUUUUCGGGACUGUGGAAAACUCCAGGGGCCACUUAAGAGGUUCCGCAAGGAAUAAUUGAGGACACUAAAGUGGUCCCUAUAGUAGUUUUCAAUGGUCUGGGAGUACCACAUAGACUCCUAAAAGGCAGCCACUAGGUACUAUACUACUAAAGUGGCCACUUGAACGUCAAACCCCUUGAGUGGCCACUAAAAUCAUCUCUAUAGAAGCCACUAAUUUGGGUCUUAGUGACCACUAUAGUAUUUUUUAGUGGUCUGGUAGUACCAAUCAGACUUCUAAAAAUAUCACUUAAGUGACCACUUAUUCGACUACUAUAAUGACCACUUGAAGGUCGAAGCCCUUAAGUGACCACUAUGAACGCAUUCCUUAGAUCUGCAGGGUGGAAUGGCUUUUAUAGAGAAUUUGAAAAAAUGUCAAAAAAGCAGUGAAAUUGAAAAAUUUCUAUUAAAAUGAACACAGAAAACCGAUUUUUUUUUUCAAAUUUCGAAACGAUUUUUUAAAGAAUUUCAACCUGUUGUUAGUAUAUUUCAGUGCCAAUCCCUUUAUUUUCGAAGAAAAAAAUAAAAUUUGUUCGACUAUAGUGAACUAAUAGCUUUAUGACUAGACCAGGACAUAAGCAAACAUUAUUUUCAGACUUUCUAGUUCCUAGUAGGAUCAUAUUUCUUAGGUAACUAUAGAUUUUGAGGCUCAUUAGGGCCUUUUUUUGAGAUCUGUGACGAAAUUGUGCAAUUCGAUGCGACAAGUGUUCUUUUUUAAUUCGUUUCAAAAAGUUGUGGUCGCGUUUGGAAUGGCUCAAAGCGUUCCAGCCUUCAUAUUCAGUCUCAGAUUUUUGAUGAGGCCGCGCGAAAACAGUUUCAGGUCGGCCGCACCAUGGAAUCACAUUUUGGUCGCGUUUGAAAUGGCUUGAAGCGUUCCAGCCUUCCAAAUUCAGUAUCAGAUGUUUGAUAAGGCUUCGCGGAAACCGUUUCAAGUCGGCCGCGCCAUGGAAUCAAUUUUUGGUCGCUUUUAGAAUGGCUCGAAAAGCUCUAGCCCUCCAAAUUCAGUGUCAGAUAAUUGAUGAGGCCGGGCGAAAACCGUUUCUGAUCUGUCACGCAAUAGAAUCAUUUUUGGUCGCAAAACGCUCCGGCCUCCAAAACCAGUCUUAGAUUUUUGAUAAGGCUGCGCGAAAAUCGGUUUUCGUCUGCCGCGCCUUGGAAUCAAUUUUUGGUCGCAUUUGGAAUGGCUCGAAAAGCUCCAGUCCUCUAAAUUCACUCUGAGAUUUUUGAUAAGGCCAGGCGAAUACCGGUUUUGGUCCGUCGCACGAUGGAAUCAUUUUUGGUCGCAUUCGGAAUGGCUCAAGAAGCCUCAGCGUUCCAAAAUCAUUCACAGGCCGCAGCGCGACCGCGACGCUCUGAGCCAUUCUAACUAGAUUACAUCCUUUUGAAGCGAAUAUCCUUUUGUUAAAAACUUCCAUUUUUUCAGCCGAUCGGCGUCUGGAUGGAAAAAGGGUGCGGCGCUCAGUUGGUCAUCAACAUCCUGUUGACGCUUCUCGGCUACAUUCCCGGCAUCAUCCACGCCUGUAUCGUCAUCCUUUGGUACUAG